AUGUCUUAUUUCUUGGGAGCGGCCCUGGCUUUGAUGCUCGGGAGCUCGCCGGCCUCCGCCAGCUCCCUGAGUGAUAUCGAGCAUGUGGUGAUUUUCAUGCAGGAGAAUCGCGCCUGGGAUCAUUACUUUGGGUCGAUGGCCGGUGUUCGUGGCUUCAACGACCCGAACGUGCAGAUCAACAGCGAUGGCCUCUCGGUCUAUCACCAGAUCGUGGACCCGGAUAUGUCCACCGAUGCUCAGACUCUUCUUCCUUGGUAUCUUGGAUAUGAAGGGGGAGACUCCGUCAAUGCUAUCCAGUGCAUGGCUGCCGGUAGCAACGGCUAUACUGAGAACCAAGCCGCUCUCAACGGCGAUCUGAAUAACCACUGGGCCCGCAACAACACCCCUUGGAGCUGGGGCUAUUUGAAACGCUCCGACAUUCCCAUUCACUUUGCCAUUGCGGAGGCGUGGACUUCCGGUGACAUGUACCAGGAAAGUCAAAUCACCGCUACUAACCCAAACCGUGUGACCUUAGUUAGCGGGUCCAUCAACGUCCCAGGUGGGCCUCAGAAUCCUAGCCAAGGCGGACCCUAUAUCGACAAUAAUGAAGUCCCCGGAUGCGAAUCCGAUGGCCAAAGCUGUUACCCGCUGAAGUGGAAGACUGUCUAUGAAUUCUACGAGGAUGCGGGCGUUACUUGGCAGGUGUAUCAGGACACCAACAACUUCGAUGACAAUCCUCUGGCAUGGUUUCAACAGUUCCAGAAGGCUGGCAAGGGCUCACCUUUGGCCGAUAAGGGAAUGGCCUUCAACGGGCUUGAGUCUUUCUACGCUGCCGCUGCAAAUGGUACCCUGCCCGAAGUCAGCUUCAUCGUUGGCCCUGCUGAGCUUUCGGAGCACCCCUCCUACCAGCCCAAAGACGGUGCCUGGUUGCAGAAGAAGGUCGUCGAUGCAGUCACUCAAAGUCCAAAGUACUCUUCCACUCUGCUUAUGAUUAGCUAUGACGAAACUGGUGGCUUUGGAGAUCACGUCACUCCCUUCCACUCUCCCAGAGACACCCCUGGUGAGUGGAUGGAAGAUCCCCUUGGCAUCUUCGGCGACAUCUACUCUGGCCCGGGCUUCCGCGUCCCCUUCUACAUUGUUUCUCCUUGGACCCGCGGCGGCCGUGUGUUUACCGAGCGCGCGGACCAUAACUCGCAAAUCCUGUUCGUGGAGCAAUGGCUCCAGGCCCGUGGCUAUAAGAACAUUCAGACCGAUCAAAUGGUACCAUGGCGCCGCGCCCACAUGUCUAAUCUGAUCAAUGCCUUGGACCUUGACCAUCCCAACCUGGAUAUUCCGAUAAUCCCCGAAGCGGAGACCCCUGUUACCAACGACAACGGGGACUAUGUCGGCUCUGCUCAGUGUCAGGCCAAGUACCCCACCCAACGGCCCACUGUCCCCUACGGACAGCAGGAUAACUCCACCAACACCCUCUUCUUCGAGGAUGGCUUCAAGGAGGUGGUUGGCUACCUCACCGAAGGCCGCUACCUGACCUUUGAGAAGAACUCCAAAGCUUUGGCUGCGUCCCGGUCAGACAGUGUUUCGGCUACCGAUGCCACUCCCAAACACGAUACCAAGUCUCAGCGCUGGGUGAUCCAUUACACCGAGGACGAAGAAAGCGAAAUCUUCACCAUCUCAAGUGCCUUCGACAACCGCUGGAUCGGGGCCAAGGGCGCUCUGAGGGAUGACGCCAGCGACGCCGCUCAGAUCCGUACUUCAUUCCUUGGUAACGGAAGCGGGUACACUCUGCAGUUUGUUGACGGAGGCGCCUACCUCGACAUCAGCAGUGGUGGAUUCGAGCUAGUUAGCAGCGACCAAGUCCCUAACCCGGGCUUUAAGGUCUUUAGUGUAUCCUAUCACGACUAA